AGCUGCAACUGGGAGGAGAAAAGGGGAUUUGGGGAAUAUUCUUUGUCCUCGCCCAGCAGUUCAAGCAGCACUGCCGGAGAAGCUGUUGUCUCCUCUCAGCGAAUGGAGAGAAAAAACAGCAACUGAAGGCCUUGAUAUUUGAUCCAAGGGCUUCAUUUCAGGAGAGAAAACUGAAGACAACUUCCAGGAUACCAGAAGACAUUUUGAAGGUUUGAUAACUUCCUUCAUCUGGCACCAAAAUGAGCUGGAGCUUCCUCACUCGCCUGCUGGAGGAGAUCUCCAAUCACUCCACCUUCGUGGGCAAGCUCUGGCUCACCUUCCUCAUCGUCUUCCGGAUUGUGCUGACGGCGGUCGGCGGCGAGUCCAUCUACUAUGAUGAACAGAGUAAAUUUGUGUGCAACACACACCAGCCUGGUUGUGAGAACGUUUGCUACGAUGCGUUUGCGCCUCUCUCGCACAUUCGCUUCUGGGUGUUCCAGGUGAUCAUGAUCAGCACACCCACCAUCAUGUACCUCGGGUUUGCCAUGCACAAGAUCGCCCGCAUGGACGACGACGACUACAAGCCCCGUGAGAAGAAGAGGGUACCGAUAGUGAACCGGGGAGCCAACAGGGACUACGAAGAAGCGGAGGAUAAUGGGGAGGAGGAUCCCAUGAUCCUAGAGGAGAUUGAGCCAGAUAAGGAGAAGGAUAAGGAGGCUUCAAAGACUCCCAAAAACAAGCAUGACGGCCGGCGUCGCAUCAAGAGAAAUGGGCUCAUGAAGUUCUACGUCUUCCAGCUACUAUCACGAGCUGUCUUCGAGGCGUCGUUUCUCUUCGGGCAGUACAUCCUCUACGGCCUGGAGGUGGCGCCGUCCUAUGUGUGCACGCGCUCCCCUUGCCCGCACACGGUGGACUGCUUUGUGUCACGUCCCACUGAGAAAACCAUCUUCCUGCGCAUCAUGUAUGCUGUCAGCGCUUUGUGCCUGCUCUUCACCUUGCUGGAGAUCCUUCAUCUCGGCAUCAGCGGGAUUCGGGACUGUCUGUGCGGGCCGCGACCUCGCUCUCCUGCCUCUCGCCAUCCAGCCCAGGCCAGCCAGAGAUCCUCGAUUUGCCGCCAGGCCUCGGCGCCUCCGGGUUAUCACACUGCUGUGAAGAAGGACCCGUCUGGAAAAUUGGGCUUCCGGGAUAACUUGGGAGACUCGGGCCGUGAGUCCUUUGGUGAUGAGGCGUCGACUCGGGAGCUGGAGAGGCUGCGCAGACACCUGAGACUGGCUCAGCAGCACCUAGAUUUGGCGUACCAGAACGAGGAGAACACCCCGCCCCGCAGCAGCAGUCCAGAGUCGAACGGCACUGCGGUGGAGCAGAACAGACUAAACUUUGCCCAGGAGAAGCAGAGCAGCACCUGUGACAAAGGUCUGCGUGCAUGAACUGUGACGAACAGUGAGAUCAAAAAGGGAAACAGCUGACUUGCUUGAGAUGGAUGCAGAGCCCAGGCCUCCCAGUGUUACAUCCCGCUGUGGCGUCGUCUCAGCGCAGCAGAACUCCCCACGGCAGACCCAAAGUGCUUUUUAACUGCCAUCGCGCAACAAAUGUGGUAAAGGUUGACAUGUACAUCUCCCUCAGGGCAGCUAACUUUUAGAUACUAUAUGGAUAUUUUAUUAUGAAGUCGGGAGCGUUUUGUCAUUUUUAUAAUUUUCUUUAUAAUUAUUAUUGUUAUGGUCCGUGUGUAAAUCUCAAGUUUGCCUUAGACUUGAACUGGAAUAUUGAUAAGGAAAGGCCUAGCCGGUCGUUUUGUAACUUUUGUAUUUUGUGAGAGUGAGUUUGGGUUGAUUGUGGAAGCGAGCAGAAAGUGGAACAGGGCAACCUCAAAUCAAAGACAGGUACUAGGUGUUAGUAGUUUAUGAAGACUGUACAAGAUGUUGAUCAUCACUCAAGGGCUUCUCUCAAGUGUCCCCUUUUCUUUUUGUCUUUAAUGUCAGAGUCGGUCCUGAACCGGUUGCUUUUCCAAUCCUUGAACCUGUGGCCUGUACGGCGAAGCCAGUUUUAGGCCAUCUUUGAAGCAUUCCUACUUAUAAUUUCUAUACUCUUACUUUGGUUUAAAGUGAGACUUCUGAACCAAUCAAACCCUUUCCUCCUUUAGGUUUCCUUGGUUCCUGUGCUGUCUAGAAUUAGAUUUUAGUAUUUUUUUGUAUUAGUCUGACUAAGAAAAAAAAAUUGUAUUUUGAAAUUUUAUCUGCUGUCCUGCAUUGUCUAAACCAGGGGUCACCAACAUGGGGCCCGCAAGCACCAAGUAGCCCCUGAGAUCACAUGUGGUGCCCUAGAACCAGUUCUAAAAAUAGCACAACCCACCAGCGAGCUGCAUCUAAACUUUAUUUUAUUCGAUUACUCUUCCUGUUUAUUCACAGUUGCAUUUAUACAGAUUUAAAAAUGACAAUAUCGAUAACAAAGCAUGAAAAAUGUUUGUUUUAUUUAAAGUUAAGGUGAACUCUGACUCUUCUCAUUCUCAUUCAGUACUGGUAGCUCUUUGUAUGACACAAUACUAAUGAAAUAGCUCUCAGUUUCAGAAAUGUUGGUGAUCCCUGGUCUAAAUAUUCCACCCUCUACUGUGUCCUUUCUUCUGUAUAUCCAUUAUUCCUGUCCUAUUAAGUUUUUCCACCCUGUAUUCUUCUUUGCUUCCUUUCUGUUCCAGUAUGCCUUGUUGCAGGCUACUGAGUUAAACACCUUCCCAGGUAAAGAGCUGAGGCGUCUGUUAAGGAGGUACGGUUAGGAGGCUCUGGAUUUGCAUGGUUCCUUUGGGGUUUGGGUUUUUAUGAGAAGGAUCUACUGUGCAUCCAUAUCAGGAACUGGUCCCACUGCUUGUCUUUCUGAGUCCCUCCUCCUCAGCUCGGAGCUGUUUUUGUUGUGCUGCUCUCUAUAAUCUGUCAGCGAUGAACCUUCUUUGCCGUAAAGGCCUCUGACUGGAACACUUGAGGUGCUUUUGUCCAAAGGAACAAACAAACCUGGGUAAUGCUUGAAAUGGGAGAACCAAGUAACUCUUGAUAAUUGCCAUGCGUUGUUUUUUUUUUAAAUGUUUGAUACUGUUCUUUAUUUUUGUAUUCUGAGUAUUGUUGUUAGGAUCCUAUAUUUCAAAGGAAUGACGUUCACUGCUGUCUCUGCUCUCCACGGCCGGAUUCUGAGAGUCAACCAGUGCGUUCUGAAAGCCGUUCAGUAUAGUUUGAAAGUUAAAACUGCAGCAGUUUAUGGGGUCUUAUUCCCCCCAUCAGUCGGUCGCUCCGUUUUUUUUGUUUUUUAUUCGGUACAUGUUGUGUGUGACCUUGAAAUGUUUACUUGUGCUGCAAACAAA